GAGGACCAGCAUCGACCUGCUGCUAAUGUAGUUGACAUUUCCUUUAAAUGGGGAGCCCCUGCCAAGCCAGCUGUCACCCUGCGAACUUUGCGUCUUGCUCUUCUUUCUUGAUGAUUAAUUAAUAGCAGCCUGAUGGGUCACCAGACAAAACGGUACCCUGAUGCAAUAUACCGUCUGUAAAUAUACAAAUCCCGUUGUCUCUGACUCCCUGUUAGCCUUUCGCAAAGUGAGAAGGUGAGCAGACAGGAUUCGUCUGCGUUGUGGAAAAACAUUUCUCGUCUAAAGAAGUCAUCUGCCUUUCCAUCCUGGCGUCCAAAAUGAAUCUCAGGAAUUCUUUGGAGGAAUGUACCAUGGCCCUAAAUCUAUUCCUAAACAACAAGUUUUCUGAAGCACUGGAGUUACUCCGUCCAUGGGCUAAGGACAGUAUGUAUCAUGCACUCGGAUACAGUACCAUCUUAGUUAUGCAGGCAGCAAUGACAUUUGAGCCACAGGAUAUCCAAAUGGGAAUUGGCACAAUGAAGGAGGCAUUACAGACAUGUCAAAGAUUUAGGAAAAGAAACACGGUCGUUGAAUCUCUAUCCAAUCUUGUGUCCAAGCAGUCAGGAGAGCACCUUUCGGAAGAGGAGAUGCAUGCUGAAAUCUGUUAUGCCGAGUGUCUAUUACAGAAGGCUGCCCUGACAUUUGUACAGGAUGAAAACAUGAUCAACUUUAUCAAAGGUGGGCUCAAAAUCAGGACAAGUUACCAAAUAUACAAAGAAUGCCAUCAGCUCUUGCUGUCAGGAUUGACCGCGGACAAAAACUCUAGUGAAACUCACCAUCAGUUUGAAGGAGGUGUAAAGCUUGGUAUUGGAGCCUUUAACUUGAUGCUUUCUCUUUUGCCUUCAAGGAUUCUGAGACUCUUGGAAUUCAUUGGCUUUUCCGGCAACAGGGAUCUGGGACUUCUCCAGCUGCGAGAGGGAGCCUCAGGAACCAGUUUGAGAGCAAUUUUAUGUGUCCUCACUCUUCUGUUCUACCAUACCUAUGUUUCUCUAAUUCUUGGAACCGGGGAAGGUAAUCUAGAAGAAGCAGAUGCCCUCCUGGAGCCAUAUCUUGAUAAAUUCCCAAAUGGCUCAAUCAUUCUAUUUUAUGCUGCUAGGAUUGAUAUCCUUAAAGGAAACUUUGAACAGGCACAAAUGACCUUCCAGAAAUGUAUAGUCUCACAGCAAGAAUGGAAACAGAUCCACCAUCUCUGCUAUUGGGAGCUGAUGUGGUGCUUUUCUUUCCAGCAAGACUGGCUCCAAGCAUAUCGCUAUGCUGACUUACUGUGCAAGGAAAGCAAGUGGUCAAAGGCAAUAUAUGUCUUUCAAAAAGCCGCCAUCCUGAGCAUGCUUCCUGAAGAUGUUGCAAAGUCGACAGGAGAAGAUAUAGUUGCCUUGUUCAGGCAAGUGGAGAGUUUAAAGCAAAGAAUUGCCGGAAAGUCCAUCCCCACGGAAAAGUUUGCCGUCAGAAAAUCCCGCCGUUAUGCCUCGUCUAACCCGGUCAAACUGAUUUUGCCAGCUCUGGAAAUGAUGUACGUAUGGAAUGGUUUUACAAUUGUGGGUAAAAGAUCUGAUCUCACAGAAAGUUUGCUCGUUACCGUUGAAAAUGCAGAAACUGCUUUGCAGAACGAAAAAGACCAGACAGAGUACUUUACUGACGACCAGUGCCUAGUUCAGCUGCUCAAAGGCCUUUGUUUGAAACACCUGGGUCGAUUACUGCAGGCAGAACUUUGCUUCAAUCAGGUCAUACAAAGUGAAAAGAGGGUGAAAUAUGACCACUAUUUACUUCCAUUUACCUAUUACGAGUUGGGACUACUAUACAAACAGCAAGGAGACAAAGAUAAAGCUAUUAAGUUUAUUGAAACUGCUAAAAAAAACUACAAAGACUACUCUUUGGAGUCCAGACUGCACUUCAGGAUCCAUGCAGCACUGAUCAAUCUAAAAGGUUCCACAGCCUCAACAUCUCCUUGAUACAAUUACAAAGACUAUUCAAUGGAGUCCAGAUUGCAUUUCAGGAUACAUGCAGCACUCAGCAGCCUGAAGGAUUCACCAGUAUCAACACCUCAAUGACCUGUUGAGUGAAGGCUACUGGAUAUAUGGACAUUUCAACUACUGGAACCUAGAGUGACCUGCCGAAAAGAUGAAAUAACAUACAUUUUAAUUAUGACUGUUAACCUUUGUGACCUGACCUGAUCUGUUGUCCCAUGUAGCAAUUAUUUUCUAUGGUAAUUGUACUAUAUCUAUAUAUAGAGAGAACUAUAUACAUAUUAUAUGUUCUAUACUUUGAAAGAAAACACACCACAAGGAAAAAAAAGUUGAUAUAUAUUUUGUUGAGAGAUAAUUUAUGUCUGCCUUGACUUGAAAGAGAAUGUUGGGGGGAAAAUACUGCUGAUACAGUAAAUUACAUUACAAAGGACCUUA